GCAGCGAGAGCAGCGGAGACUCCGGCGUGAGGAGGGGCGCUUUCUUCCGCUCGGGCCAUGGCCGGGCGCUGGGCCCCGCGAGGCGCCAGGCCGCAGUGAGGCGAGGAUGUGCGAGAGCUACUCGCGCUGGCUGCUGCGCGUGUCGGUGGCGCAGGUGUGCCAGGCGCUGGGCUGGGACUCGGUGCAGCUCUCCGCCUGCGACCUCCUCACCGACGUGCUCCAGCGCUACCUGCAGUCCUUGGGCCGCGGCUGCCGGCGCUACUGCGAGCUCUAUGGACGGACAGAUCCAAUUUUGGAGGACGUAGGUGAAGCCUUCAAACUUAUGGGGGUCAACCUGCAUGAACUGGAAGAUUACAUACUGAAUAUUGAGCCAGUCACUUUUGCACAUCAGAUUCCCUCAUUCCCUGUCAGCAAGAAUAAUGUCCUGCAGUUCCCACAGCCUGGAAGCAAAGAUGCAGAAGAGAGGAAAGAGUAUAUUCCUGAUUACAUGCCGCCGAUUGUCUCUUCUCAAGAAGAAGAAGAGGAGGAGCAGGUACCAACUGAUGGAGGAACAUCAGCAGAAGCCAUGCAGGUUCCUUUGGAGGAGGAGGGAGAGAUGGAAGAAGAUGAAGCUGUUAAUGAUGAAAAUUACUUAAGCAAGAGACCACUAGAGAGCCCAGAAUCUGAGGAAAUGCCUGCUAUAAAGCGGCCCAAAUUAGCUGGCAUAAAAGGAGACGCUCUGGAUGGGACAAUGGAGCCACGUGAGCCUCUUAGUUCAAUAAAUGCCCAAAAAGUGCCGCCAAUGCUCUCCCCAGUUUGUGUUCAAGUUAGUGCUGAUCUGAUUCCUCCCUCUCCAGAACCACCCAUACUGGCUCCCAUUGUGAAAUCACAGCUGCCAGUUUCCAAACCAUUAGAAUCGAGAGCAUUUGUACCUAAAGCAAAGGUGAAAACAAGCUCUCCGGGGCAGAAGACUAAAAUGCCAAAAGUUUCUCCAUCCCCAGCUGUGAUUGGAAGCCCCAUUCGCUCGCCAAAAACUGGACCCAAAGAAAAGAAAUCACCGGGUCGAGCCAAGAGUCCCAGAAGUCCUAAGAGUCCAAAGGUUCCAGUUCAUGUUCCUCAAGUAGUAAUUAAGCAGGAAAUACCAAGUAGAACCCCCUUAGCAGCAUUAAGUGAAAAGAUGGGAAAAGAGAAUAUCCAAAUAAAACAAGGCCCAACUCCAGUUGACUCUGCGAAGCCCAACAGUGAGAAUCCAACGAAGAAAGUGGCAGUGAUUGAUAAGACAAUCGAUGAUUCUAUUGAUGCUGUAAUUGCCCGUGCAUGUGCUGAACGGGAUCCUGACCCGUUUGAGUUUUCCUCAGGGUCAGAAUCGGAAGGGGAUGUUUUUACCAGCCCUAAAAGACUCUCUGUGUCAGAGACUACAAUACCUAAAGCUUCUGUUUCAGCCAACAGCAGCUUAAAUAAAGCAGGGAGCACCCCAGUUCCUCCCUCUGGCGGAACAUCAAGUUCAGACAUUUCAUGGACAAUGGAUGACUCGAUAGACGAGGUCAUUCGAAAAGCAAACAUGGGGACCCCUGCUAACUUACCUUCAAGCUUCCCUUAUUUCUCAUCCCCUUCUGCUUCUCCACCUACGCCAGAACCUCUGCUCAAAGUUUAUGAGGAGAAAACUAAGCUGGCUUCAUCAGUAGAUGUAAAAAAGAAACUGAAAAAAGAGCUGAAGACAAAAAUGAAAAAGAAAGAGAAGCAGAAGGACAAGGAGAAGAACAAAGAGAAGAACAAAGACAAGGAGAAAAACAAGGAGAAGGAUAAAGACAAGGAAGGCGGCAAAGAACCGAAAUUUCCAUGGAAGGAUCUGAUGAGAGAUGACAACUUGGAUGGUUACAAGUUCAAACUGAAAGACUUUGAUGAUGACCCCAAAGUGAAGAUAAAAGAUGGCAGUACCAAAAAGGAGCGCGAGAAACAUAAAGAUAAGAAGAAAGAGAAAGAAAAGGGCAAGAAAGAUAAAGAGAAGAAAGACAAAGAGAAAGUUAAAGAUAAAAAUAAAGAUAAGAUGAAAACUUCAUCGACACCCCUGGUUUUGCCUGCCAAAGACUUGUCCUUGCCGCUGUUCAGCACCCCUGUUGCCAUGAAGCUCCCAUCCCUGAUGCCCCCCCUCUCGUCCGUGCUGCCUGAAAAACUCUUUGAGGAGAAAGAGAAGCCCAAAGAAAAGAAAAAAGAGAAGAAGGAGAAGAAGAAGAAGAAAGAUAGGGAGAAGGAGAAAGAGAAGGAGAAGAAGGAGAAAGAAAAAGAGAAGAAGGAAAGGGAGAAGAAGGAGAAGGAAAAGGAGAAACACAAACAUGAAAAACAGAUCAAAGUGGAACCUGUUGUUCCUGCACCGUCUCCUGUGAUUCCCAGGCUGACACUGAAAGUGGGGGCAGGGCAGGACAAGAUUGUCAUCAGCAAAGUGGUAUCAACACCGGAGGCUAAACCAUCCGCUCUCCAAGUCCGACCUAAAACACCACCGCCUCCACCAUCCCCAGCACCAGCUCCUAUCCAUGUCACUCCUCCUCCUCCUCCAGUAGUUCCUCCUCUGCCUCCAGCCACCAUUUCCCCGGCUCUGGUUCCACCACCAUCUCCUGCAUUGUCGGCUAUGGGAGGCACCAAACCUCCAUUGAGAAGUGUGGUGACAGAGACUGUCAGUAAUUACGUGAUCCGAGAUGAAUGGGGGAACAAAAUCUGGAUCUGCCCUGGCUGUGAGAAGCCAGAUGAUGGUAGUCCGAUGAUCGGUUGCGACGACUGUGAUGACUGGUAUCACUGGCCCUGCGUCGGCAUCACGGCUGCUCCCCCAGAAGAAAUGCAGUGGUUUUGCUCCAGGUGCGCCAGCAAGAAGAAAGAUAAGAAACACAAGAAGUGGAAGCACAAAGCACACUGAACUCAUUGCGGGGAUUUGUCGGACUGUCGCUUCUGCACUCCUGCCCUGACUUCUUUUGUGGAGGGAUUCAGCCAGCCAGCCUUCGGCCGCCUCAUCCAUUGCCAUCAAGUUUUGAGGAUUGCGAUUCUUGAGAAAAUCAGGAACAAACGCACGUGCACACUGUCCGCCUGUGAGCUUUCCCCCCCCCUCCCUUUCAUCAAGCGGCAUGGGCCUGGAUCAAGAAGGGUCUGCCACGGACUCCCCCACUCUAGAGCAGUGAACUGCGAGAUCUGUAGCUAAAGGAGGUUGGCCGCUGUCUUAGUCGACAUCGGCAGGGACACUUGUAAAUAUUGCCGCCUUCUCCCCCUGGUUUUCCCCCCUUCUGAGUCUUUGAGAAACUGGAGAGAGUCACUCGUGGAAGAAGCAGCCCUUUGGGAACCACCCGAGUGAUUUCCACCGCUCUCGGCUUCCUCUCUCGCAUAGCCAGAUAAUCAUAAAUGACACGGGGUGGAGCAAGUGGCUGGUAAAUAUUUUUCUGAUAAGAAUAUAUGAAGCUUUUCCUCCCACUCUCUUCCUCUUGCCCCCCCCUGUUCCUCCCACCCCUGAUUUUCAGGACCUAACAUAAAUAAACACGCUUUAGCUUUUUGUGAAAUAACGUCUAUUUUUCUUAAGAAGAGAAAAAAAAAGUUUUUAUUGCAGCGACUUUUCUUCUUUUGUGCGUGUGGUUUCCCUCCCCUUUUGCUUGUAACAUACGUGACAGUCUUUCCUCUCCUUCCCCACCCAUGUGAAUUUAGUCUGUUGUUGCUUGUACGUUUCACUGAUGUAUCCAAGCACUUCACAUAAAUAGAUUUUUACUCAAGUUGCUGUGAACAAGGUGUUGUUGGUUAUUUUCAGAAUUUGGGACAGAUUUUUUUUUUUAAAAAAAAAUGUACAGCCUGACUAGCAUUUCCUAGAAUUAUGUGAGAUUCUCUGGCUUUCUGGGAGGUGGGGUGAGGGGAUACAGUAGGAAAUUAGAAAAUACUUAACACACCUUGUCUUCAGUGCUGCUUUUCUCCAGCUUUGUUUUAAAGUUGUAAUUUAAUUCUAUCAAGUUAUUCCUGUACCUAAAGGUAUUUACCAGUGUGAAAGCAACAGGAACUACUGAUGCACACCUUCUUUCAAUUUUGAAUUAGGCUGCAAAAGGUACCUGACUUUAAAUGCAUGCACGGUGGUGACAAUUGUGAAGGGCGCAUGCGUGCAUUUCAGCUAUCAGGUUUUCUUUCGAUGCCCAGAGAGGCAGCGCUCAGGAAAGGAUUGAGCCCUUGCUUCCAUGUAUAUUUUAAGGACACCUGGUCCCUUAAAUGCCUGUGCAUCUUUUGCAGUAGAAAGUGCCAUGCAUGAGCGUUGCCACUUAAAUUCAGAUAAUUUUUUGUACUACAGUUUGCAAAUGUAAGGUGCGAAAGAAUUCAAUGGUACAUGUAGAAGAAGAUUUAGGAUGAAGAAGAAACUGGUUCAACUGAGAUCUUGGGGGUGUCCUCACGUCCUUUUCAUGGGUCUCAGGAAGGCCAGCCAGCCAGCCAUCUGGCCAGCCCGUCUGCUGUUCCGGAUUAGCCCAGGAUAGAUCAGUGGUAACCUCUCUUUCCAAGGGAUUGCCUUAACUGUGUCCCUGGGAGCUGGUGGGCUGUGACCACUGCUUCACUGGACCUACCAGCCUUCUAUGCAUGGCAGAUUUAAAGCUGCCCAUGGGGAAACUACAGCACCGCCUGACUGCUGCCAACCGCCUGCCCACAUCUCCACAACGCCAGGCAGUUCCCCAGCUUCCUCUCCAGCCAGGAAGCUGAAUGUUGCACGUUCUGCAGGGUCCACAGGCAAGGGAGUCUGACCCACACAUCUUCUUUCUGAAUUGCAUGUGGUGUUACACAUGUUUGGAGAUACUAUGUGUGCUUUGCAAGACUGCACUUGUCCCUUUAAAACAUCGGGAUGCACCAUUUCAAAUCUCGUCGACCAGUAUUCUGUACAUAAAACCCAGUUGCCAGAAAGUACACUAGCUGUGUAAAAACAGAGAAGUUUGCCAAAACCUAAUACUACCAAAAACAAUAUUAAACUGGAAUCUCCCUCUUAUUUUCACAUUGUUGUCAGUUUGUCGCCAGUGUGAUCGCAUUCAUGCUUCUUUUUAAGUCAGCACGGAAACCACACUUUUCUUAUUUUUGAACUGUAAUUGUUUUGUGAAUCCUUUACAUAAAUGCUGCCUUUUUUUUAGAAGACGAAUACAUUAUGUUCAUGAUAUGUACAUUAUACACAUCCCUUGUCGGAGAACAAGAAAACUUAGGUUGCUAUAAGAACUGUAAACAUUUCUGGAUAAACAUUUUACUGCAUUUCUUGAAGAGGUAAAUAAACCGUUGUAUAAACAUGAA